AAGGAACCAGGAGUUCGCAUGCCUCUUCGCAAGGCGCAACCGAGACAAGUUCCCCCAGUCCAAUGGCAGCCAUGCUGCGGUGCAUGCCGCUGCCUAUUCAUGCACUUCUCCUAUUCUACCUGUCACUUUCCGUAUCAGUGGCCGCCAGCGACGAGACAGUGUUGCUGAAUGGAGCGUCGGAAAGGCGAGGAUAUUCCAAGGGCGAGCUGAUGCCCGUUAGCUGUCUCAAUCGAACAAUUGAUACAGGUGAACAUAUCACCGACAGUUACGGGAACCUACAAUAUAUACCAUUUCCGACAUGCAACGAGACGAACCAGCCCCUGUCCUUCUUAUACAACACGCCUCAAACCCAGACGUGUACCAUUGAAUCUCUUCCCGAUGAACUUUAUCAUCUCUUCGAGUUCUUCGUCCACAGCGACGUGCCCUUGUCAUGUCGAAUACCAUCCCACCCGUUGUCUCAGGAAGAGCUAGGAAUAACUUCAUCAUUACCGGAGGUUGGCGGAACCGGGGCUGAGAAGGAUUUGUGGACGCCUUUCACAAUCGCUCUACAAGGGACACUUCAGCUGUCCCAUCUCCACCUCCACACGAAUAUCAACGUCCUGUUCCACAUGUCUCAAGAUACCGAAGAUUCGAAGGCGCCGGCAUCCUCGCAUUUGAUCGCGUCCACGGCGUACUCCUUGCCAAACGUGUCCGCGUCAGCACCGAUUGAGGGAACGAAGAUUGUCCGCAACGAACCCGUGGUUCUUACAUUUAACGUUGGUUGGAUUGACGGUGCGGUAUUACCGGGCAUGGUUGGCCGCCCUGUCCUUGGAGUUACGAAUCACAGUCUGGGAUUUUCCUUGUUAAGUUUUUGUGCAGUGGCUGCGGCUGCUGGUGUGGGAGCAAUGGCCAUGCUGAUUUACGAAAGACAAAAGAGUGGGAGGAGCGGCGUCUAUGGAAAUGGGCUUCUGGGGGGCAAUGUUGGAAAUGGAAUGCCUAGGACCUCAGGGUACGGGGGAUAUGGCGGCUACGGCGGGUAUACUAACAGCGUGGGAAAAAGGGAUUGAGGAAAGUCAGUAUGCAAUGUACU